UUCAACAAUGGUCCAAUUUACCUUGCUUUUGCAGUGUAUUCAUUCGUGGGUUGACCAAUGACAGAGAGCAUUUGAACAUUUCCUUUAUGCGGCUGAACGAGGUCAUUCGCGCGCCAUGGUCAAAGUAGCUUCCUUGUACGAUGUUGAUCAGAGAAACGACAUGCAGGGAUUGGCUACCGAUUUGACAUAUGAAUAUCCUAAAAAGGAUGCGCAAAAAGCUUUCCAUUGGUAUAAGCGUGCCGCCGAUCGAGAGGGGUUCAUGUCGGAUGUCAUGGCUUGCUACAUUGUUGGCAAUACUUUUACCUCCGGCUCACCUCAAGCCGGCGUGGAAAAAAACGAUCGACUGGCUUUACGCUAUUACGAGCGAUGCAUGUUACUAACGGGUCCGCAGAUCGAUCUUGAUAUGAAUGUCGUCGAUGGGGUGAUUCCAGAAUCCCAAUUACGCAGUCGAUCCCCACGGUCGGGCAACGAACAUUAUUUUUGCAGUGCAGCGUUCCAGAGUGGGCUCAUUUUAUUUUCUGGAUCAAAAAAUGGCAAGGAACAACCCUCCUCUGGUUCCGACAGUUUAGUGGAGGUCGAUCUAGUAAGGGCGAUGCGAUACUGGAAACAAGCUUCCAUGUUGGGCCAUGCGCAGGCAUCUUACAAUAUCGGCAUCAUGUACGCGAAAGGAAUUGGCGUGGAACAGGAUUCCUUUGAAGCUGGAAAAUGGUUUGCACGUGCGUUGCAUUUAGACGACACGCGAAAAUUAGUGGUCCCUGCACACAUCAAAUUGAGAAAUUGGAAUGCGUCCAAGGAGGAAUUAGGGGAUUCCCUACCGGUACAACAAGAACAACAGCAGCCAUCAAAACCAUCAUCAUCACCCUUCUCCUCAUCAGGAUCAUCUUCCAAGCCCAUGUCCAACGCGGCAACUACUUCUACAGCAAAGUCCACCAGACGGCGAGAACGGAAAAAACCGAUAGAUUAUCCUGAUAUGGACGAUAGUAGAGGAAAAAUCGUUGCCUUGAGUUCGGCUGCGGCGGUAGCAGGCACCAUUGUUUGGUGGUACAUGAAGGCGCACAAAUAAUUCCAUGACAACAAUAACAAAAAUCGAACCAUCAAAAUCAAUUCCAGAAUCAUCACCAUCAACAUCAUUUCAACGAGCAAGAUACCAAAGUGGGAAAAAAAAAGAAAAAAAAAAAAAGAAAACGCCAUGACCUCAAAAGAACGAAAAAGUGUUUCUCCUUUUUAAGAUAACAGGGUUCUGUGAUACUGAGGUGUGCGUGGGUGAGAGUGAAUGAGUGUAAAUGCGAUAUGAAUAUGUGCGUGUGUGUGUGUGUGUGUGUGUGUGAGUGAUCAUCCUUUUUUCCUUGCUCUGGAAUUUUCUCA